AUGGCAUCAUCUGUGGUACUAACACCCACAAAUGAUGACUCACUUAUCAUUAAUGAUCAGGUGUUGGCGCUGUUGCCUGGUGAAGAAAAGUUUAUUUUAGCGCAGAUGAUGUUGUGUGUGAUGAGGAGGUGGAACGGAAUCAAUAUCCGAAACAUAAACAUAAAUAAUGGUUUAUGUAAUGGCACUCGACUAAUUAUAAGACGUCUUCAUGACAACUGUGUCGAUACUGAAGUACUCACUGGCGAUGCCAUUGGAGAUAGGGUACUUAUCCAAGGGUGCAACUUGCACCUUCGGAUACAGGUUGGAAUAUUGUUGCGCAGGCCAUGUUUUUCUCAUGGUCAGCUGUAUGUUGCUUUUUCUAGAGCAAGAGCAUUUGGUGAUGUUCGAGUAAGUGUUGUUCCCUCAUCCAGGCAAGGGUUUUUUAAUAGGGAAUGUUAUACUCAAAAUGUGGUUUACCGUCAGGUUCUUACAUAA